CGAUAUCCAUCAGCACCACGUCUAAAACCGAAACAGAUAAGACUCGAACGCGAACGCAGAAUCUUCUUCCCUCCACUCGCUCAUCGAAUCAGUAAUUUUCAGUCGAAAAGCUCUCAAUCGUUUGGAGCUUCAAUCUUAAUCAAUGGAGCUCUUUCAUCUACUCGGUUAGAUUCAGUAGUUUCUUCAAUGGAUUUUCCUGCAACUUUUCGCGGGAAUUCCUUUCCCUUGUCUCAUUACAGUUCUUGCUGCUACAUUCGUUUCCAUCCUAGUUUGAUUUCGUUUGCUGGCUUGAAGGAGCAACGGAUUUCUCAUCGCGGCCUUAAGCUUGAUCAGUUUUCCUGCCGUGCAAAGCGAGGGGUUGCUUGUAGAGUUACUGAAACGCAGAAUGAACCAGAUGGCACUAACGAUAAGGAAAAAGAUGGCUCUGAAGGUGGAGAUCAGCCAUCUUCCUCCGACUCCCUCACAGAAGAUAAAAUUCAGCUCGAUUCUCAGGCUGUUGAUGACCAAGGUGACAUCCAGGAUAUUGACAAUGUAGAAGUUGCUAGUGGGUCUCCACUUCCAGGACUAAAGACACAACAAUUGGAUGAAUCAUUCAGGAUUCCCCGAGAAACAAUCGAAAUUCUUAAGAAUCAAGUGUUUGGAUUUGAUACUUUUUUUGUGACAAGCCAGGACCCAUAUGAGGGUGGAGUGUUGUUUAAAGGAAAUCUGCGAGGAGAGGCUGCUAAGAGCUAUGAAAAGAUAACAAAGAGAAUGCAGGAUAACUUUGGGGAUGUAUAUAUGCUUUUUCUUUUAAUUAAUCCAGAGGAUGAUAAACCUGUAGCUGUUGUUGUUCCAAGAAAGACCUUACAACCAGAGACAACAGCUGUCCCAGAAUGGUUUGCUGCCGCCGCGUUUGGACUGGUUACUGUAUUUACUCUACUUCUCCGAAAUGUCCCCGCAUUGCAAUCCAACUUACUAUCGACUUUUGAUAAUCUUGACUUGCUUAAAGAUGGACUAUCUGGUGCCUUAGUAACUGCACUUGUGUUAGGAGUGCAUGAACUCGGCCAUAUAUUAGCUGCAGGAAAUAGAGUUAAGUUUGGGAUUCCAUACUUUGUUCCUAGUUGGCAGAUAGGCUCCUUUGGUGCAAUCACACGGAUCCUAAAUAUUGUACCCAAGCGCGAAGAUCUGCUGAAGGUGGCAGUAGCAGGACCAUUAGCUGGAUUUUCUGUGGGCUUCCUUCUUUUCAUUAUAGGUUUCAUCUUGCCACCUAGUGAUGGCAUUGGAGUUAUCGUUGAUUCGUCUGUGUUUCAUGAGUCAUUUCUUGCCGGUGGCCUUGCAAAGCUACUUUUGGGCGAUGCCCUCAAGGAAGGAACUCCUAUAUCCGUGAACCCUCUUGUGAUAUGGGCUUGGGCUGGACUUCUCAUAAAUGCCAUCAACAGCAUCCCUGCCGGAGAGCUCGAUGGUGGAAGAAUUGCCUUCUCAAUAUGGGGGAGAAAGGCAUCAGCUCGAAUUACAGGCCUCUCAAUUGUUCUUCUAGGACUAGCCUCUCUGUUUAGUGAUGUAGCAUUUUAUUGGGUGGCUUUGAUAUUCUUCCUACAGAGGGGUCCAAUCGCUCCACUUUCUGAUGAAAUCACUGAUCCUGAUCAGAAGUAUGUUGGUCUUGGCAUUCUAGUUUUGCUUUUAGGGUUGCUGGUCUGCUUACCAUUCCCCUUCCCCUUUACCGAAGAAGCCAUCUCAAAUUUUUAAUGCUAGUCCCUUUUCAUUUAUAGCCUCAGUUGUGCAUUGGUAGCAACCCAAAACUUGGUUUCCCCCCAAAUUCCAUUUUAGUUUAUUUCCAUUAUGAUGCAUGAAACUCAAAAAAUACAUCAUGAUUAGGAUUCAAUAGUCAAUAAAUUACUGCCCUCAAUCCUCUGUAUAUAAAGUAUAAUAUUGUAAUAA